AUGCCACGUCUAUGGUACUCUCGUUAUCUUGCCGCGGCUCGCCUUCGCUGCCGCCCACUGUUAAUUCCAGAACAGCCCGCAGUCAGGCUGUAUCAACCUCUCCGGCGAACAGUAAACACCGACGCAAAUGUCCACCGGCCGAACGAGUUUGUCCCUCUCCGCAAGCAAUUGAAGGAAGAAGCCAAAAGAGCAAAGUCACAAAGUCGGAAUGGUCGAGGCAAGAAACAAGUGGCAGCUAAUGAUGGAUGGGAAUUGACGGUGGGAAUUGAGAUACAUGCGCAAUUGAAUUCGGAAGCGAAGCUUUUCUCAAAAGCACCAACAUCUACUGUCGCGGAGCCAAAUACCAAUGUGGCUCUAUUCGAUCUGGCAUUUCCAGGCUCACAGCCAGAAUUUCAAGCCGCGACCCUACUUCCUGCACUUCGCGCUGCCAUAGCUCUCAACUGUGAUAUUCAGCAUACAAGUCGCUUCGAUCGAAAACAUUAUUUCUACCAGGAUCAGCCAGCCGGCUAUCAAAUCACUCAGUACUACGAACCGUUUGCACGAAAUGGAUUUAUCGAGCUCCAUGACUACGAUGGCAUUGCACCCGAGGAUGGAAAAUCCGUCCGCGUGGAUAUCAAACAAAUACAAUUAGAGCAAGACACUGCCAAAUCCCACGAACAUUCGCCAUCCGCUCAUUUUCUAGAUUUCAACCGUGUCUCGCACCCUCUAAUCGAAAUCAUCACUAUGCCUCAGAUUCAUUCGCCUGCUACCGCGGCGGCCUGUGUUAAGAAAAUACAGGCUAUUCUACAAGCUACAAGUGCGGUGACCACGGGUAUGGAAUUAGGUGGCCUGCGUGCAGAUGUCAAUGUCUCUGUUCGACGACGCGAUGCGCCACCGGGUGCUGGAGAGUACUAUGGAGUUCAGGGCUUGGGCCAGCGGACCGAAAUCAAGAACCUCAGCAGCUUCAAAGCAGUCGAAGACGCCAUUAUAGCGGAGCGCGACCGUCAAAUACGAGUCCUCGAAUCCGGAGGUACCGUCGAAGUCGAGACGAGAGGUUGGUCGAUUGGCAGCACCGAGACUCGAAAACUACGUAGCAAGGAAGGCGAAGUCGACUAUCGCUAUAUGCCAGACCCAGACCUGAAACCUCUUGUUAUCGACGACGGGUUAGUGUCUGCAUUGAAGGAUACACUUCCUGCUUUACCCGACCAGCUUUUAUCCAUGCUUAUUGGAUCAUCCUACGGACUGAGUCUUGAAGAUGCAAAGCCUUUGGUGGAACUGGAUGACGGCGCACGACUAGAAUAUUACCAGGACGUCGUCGAUGCGCUCCUGGCCCUUCGCCAUGGUGAAGACGGCGACACGGCCAACAAACUGCUGGGUAGAGCAGCCGCCAACUGGGUGCUACACGAAUUGGGAGCAUUGCACACCAAGUCAGAUGUAACCUGGCAUGCUGAUCGCAUCUCGGCCCAAACCCUCGCGGAACUCAUUGAUCAAUUGUUACGCAAAAAGAUCACCAGCUCUGUCGCGAAACAAGUUCUCGCGAUGAUCUUUGAAGGAGAUCAACGGCCAAUUCAUCAACUCCUCGAAGAAGAGAAUCUUCUACUGCGACCUCUAUCCAGAGAUGAAUACAUCGCUUUGGCGAACUCGUUGAUUGAGGAAAACCCACAAAUGGUUGCACAGAUCCGGGAAAAGAAUCAAUUGGGAAAGAUUGGCUGGUUUGUAGGACAAAUGAUGCGCCUGGGAGAAAAGGGUCGCGUUGAAGCACAACGCGCUGAAGAGAUUGUACGAGAAUUGAUCUUGGGAGGGCAAUGA